AUGCUUCAUUCGCCUCACAAACAACCACAGAACCACAAGUGCGGUGCAAACUUUCUACAGGAGGACAGCAAGAAGUCUCUGGUUUUUAAAUGGUUAAUCUCCGCAGGUCACUACCAGCCACCGAGACCAACAGAGUCAUUUAAGGCUGCAAGCAGAAUUUACAACAGAGGGUACAAGUUCUAUCUGAAAAUAAAAGGAGGGACUAUGGCAUCAAACAGCCUCUUCAGCACAGUGACACCAUGUCAGCAAAACUUCUUUUGGGAUCCGAGCACCAGCCGGCGCUUCAGCCCCCCCUCCAGCAGCCUGCAGCCCGGCAAGAUGAGCGACGUGAGCCCGGUGGUGGCUGCGCAACAGCAGCAGCAGCAGCAGGAGGCGGCGGCGGCGGCGGCAGCAGCGGCGGCGGCGGCCGCGGCGGCCGCGGUGCCCCGGUUGCGGCCGCCGCACGACAACCGCACCAUGGUGGAGAUCAUCGCUGACCACCCGGCUGAACUUGUCCGCACCGACAGCCCCAACUUCCUGUGCUCCGUGCUGCCCUCGCACUGGCGUUGCAACAAGACCCUGCCCGUGGCCUUCAAGGUGGUAGCCCUCGGAGAGGUACCAGAUGGGACUGUGGUUACCGUCAUGGCGGGUAAUGAUGAAAAUUAUUCUGCUGAGCUCCGAAAUGCCUCUGCUGUUAUGAAAAACCAAGUAGCAAGGUUCAACGAUCUGAGAUUUGUGGGCCGGAGUGGACGAGGCAAGAGUUUCACCUUGACCAUAACUGUCUUCACAAAUCCUCCUCAAGUCGCCACCUACCACAGAGCUAUUAAAGUUACAGUGGAUGGACCCCGGGAACCCAGAAGGCACAGACAGAAGCUUGAUGACUCUAAACCUAGUUUGUUCUCUGACCGCCUCAGUGAUUUAGGGCGCAUUCCUCAUCCCAGUAUGAGAGUAGGUGUCCCGCCUCAGAACCCACGGCCCUCCCUGAACUCUGCACCAAGUCCUUUUAAUCCACAAGGACAGAGUCAGAUUACAGAUCCCAGGCAGACGCAGUCUUCCCCGCCGUGGUCCUACGACCAGUCCUACCCCUCGUACCUGAGCCAGAUGACGCCCCCGUCCAUUCACUCCACCACCCCGCUGUCCUCCACCCGGGGCACCGGGCUGCCUGCCAUCACCGACGUGCCCAGGCGCAUUUCAGGUGCUUCAGAACUGGGCCCUUUUUCAGACCCCAGGCAGUUCUCAAGCAUUUCAUCCCUCACUGAGAGCCGGUUCUCCAACCCACGAAUGCACUAUCCAGCCACCUUUACUUAUACCCCGCCAGUCACCUCAGGCAUGUCCCUCGGUAUGUCCGCCACCACUCACUACCACACCUACCUGCCACCACCCUACCCCGGCUCCUCCCAAAGCCAGAGCGGACCCUUCCAGACCAGCAGCACUCCAUAUCUCUACUAUGGCACCUCGUCAGGAUCCUAUCAGUUCCCCAUGGUGCCCGGGGGAGACCGGUCUCCUUCCAGAAUGCUACCGCCGUGCACCACCACCUCGAACGGCAGCACGCUCUUAAACCCAAACCUGCCUAACCAGAACGAUGGCGUUGACGCCGACGGAAGCCACAGCAGUUCCCCCACCGUUUUGAAUUCUAGUGGCAGAAUGGAUGAAUCUGUUUGGCGACCCUAUUGAAACUUCCUCAGCAGUGGCCCAGCGGUCUCUGGGAGCCACAUCCCAAAUGUAUCAACAUAUACAUAUAUAGAGAGUGCAUAUAUAUGU